AUGAAGGCCUGUGUGCUCUUAGCAGUGACUUCAGUGUGUUCUGAUGAUUGGUUGGUAGCCAGAAUAAGAAAGAGACCCUUUGAUAAUGACACAGAAGUUAGAAUUGGUGACAUCCACCUGGGAAACAGCUGUCUCGUCACAAGGAUGCUGUCAUUCAACUACGAGUUUUCUUAUCCUAUCAUUUAUUGUGGAAUCAAGAAAUUUAUAUUCCAAGGGAAUGAUGUUUUCAUAUUAUCUGAAAUCAACUACAAACCUAGAUUGGAUACCACCUACACAUUCCCAGUAGUUUGCUUUAUGAAGAGGCUUAUACUCUCAUCUCUGGUAACUUUUGGGUUGAAUGGUCAUGAAAUCAAUCUCUUGAGUGAUAGCUCUCAAGUAAAAAGAGUGCAACAGUCAUCGAUUUCCUUCCAAAGUGAGAAAUGUGAAUCUGAUUUUAGCAGUGUUCAGAAGUUGAGUGAUGCUAUCGAUUACAUUUGA